AUGGCCUGGCAAGCAACCGGGGCAUGGAAGACAUCCUUGAACAAAGAUCCAAACGAACAGGACUCAAGCUUCCCGGGCCUCAAACCCACAACGCCCGACACAACGGCCAAGAUCGAAUAUGAAGAGCUUCAGCAGAAUGAGCUGCUGGCUCUUGAAGCUAUAUAUGGGGACGAUUUCGUGAAGCAUAGCGGUACCCGCACUGCGUGGAAGAAAACAGAGCCCGAGUUCGACAUCCGAAUAAGAGCAUCCACCGACCACGACUUUGCUGUGACUGUUGGGUUUGUCAUGACGGCGACCUAUCCUAAAACUCCACCCCUCUUGACGGUCAAAGAGCUCGACAGCUUGCGUGAGCCUACACAGUUCAAGAUACAAAACUACGUAGACACGGAGCCCAAAGAGUUCGCCAAAGAGGAGCAAGAAAUGGUUGACAGAAUAGUCGAGGGCAUUCGGGAUAUUUUAGAGGAUGCAGCGCAAGUCAAGGCUUCUGGGAAGCAGCUGCCGUCCUUGGAAGAGGAGCGGGAGCAGCACGAAGCGAGGCUCGCAAUAUUGGCAGAGCAGCAAAAGGAGGAGGAAGAGCGCAAGAAGUUGGAGGAGACCAAAGAGGAGGAAAGGGUCAUGUCACAGAUGCUCCGACAGCAGAUCGACCGCCAAAGACAAAAAGCCAAGGAAUCGAGGACUAACCGCCGACCGAACGGAUUGCAUGGCCAGCCCAGUGAUCACUCGGUAUCUGACAGCGAGCAGAUCGACUUUGACCAGCUCUGUCACACGACUGAUAAGGAGGGUAAUAUUCUCAAUUUCAGGUCAGUUGCAGGGAAAUGCGAUCCGCGAGAGGGAAAGGUGGCCACUGUCUAUACAGUACGACCAAUCCUGGGCACCGGGCAAGGAAAUCAAACGUUGGCCCUCAAGGAAGCCACCUUACGAGCUGGCAUUAAAGAGCCCAAGGAGUUUAAAAAACAACUCCAAUCUCUCGAGUCAAGGCUUCAGGACCUGAAAUCUACGAAGCGAAUUCAUCACCGUCACCUUGUCGACGUUUUGGAUUUCAAGGUUGAGAGUGGGACCUUGACCAACGCGGCAGCCUCUAAUGCGUGGACUGUAAGAGUGCUGAUGCCCAUGGCUGAAAAGGGUUCACUCGGCGAGCUAUUAGAGCUGGCAGGGCAUAUCGAGAUUGGCAAGGUACGAUCCUGGACCAGAGAUUUGUUAGAUGCUCUCAAUUUCCUGCACAACCACAAUGUUGCGCACCAGGAUAUCCAUCCCGGCAAUGUUUUACUUUUCCGGGAAUCCACAGGUGAAAUUGUGCCUAAGCUCUCUGAUGCCUGGUAUCAGCGAGAAAUUCAUGAUGCAUACAGCACCAGAGCAGAUCUUCCUGGCCUCAGCUCAGCAAAGUCGGCGUACUGGCUGCCACCUGAGAUUGCGGGUCAGUCAAACCCCCAGUACACUUACAAGACCGAUAUAUGGGAGUUUGGCAUUGUCUUUGUCCAAAUGAUAUUCGGCUUAAACGUGCUGCAAAAAUAUUCGUCGCCCCGAAAUCUCAUGGAAUCCCUCAGCCUGUCCCAGUCGCUGCGAGAGCUCGUGAGUCGGUUCUUCAAAGACGAUAAACAAAAGCGUCCACGCCCCUUUGAGCUCGGAUCGAGCGAGUUUCUCGCAACUGACGCCCCUGUUUUUCGCGACGAUUCGUCGGCCACACUCUCUACGACUCCUUCCAUCAUGUCUCUGCACGUGCUGCCUGCGAAUCUACGACGUGAUUCGAUGACGAGAGGAGCAGCUGUGUCACGCUACACAGAAGAUUUCGUGGAAGAAGGUCGGCUUGGUAAAGGAGGAUUCGGAGAAGUAGUCAAGGCGAGGAAGAAGCUUGACGGGCAGAUAUAUGCCAUCAAGAAGAUCACUCAACGUUCCCAUGCCAGCUUGACCGAAAUUUUGAAGGAGGUGCGGCUUCUGUCACAGCUAAGCCACCCCGCCGUCGUACGAUAUUACAACACUUGGGUCGAAGAGGUGGCGGAUGUAACCGACGCGGGAGAUGAAACCUCGAUCGAUGAUUUUACGGGAGAGACUAGAGGGACUGGCUCAGCAGGCAUAGAUAUCCACUUUGCCACGAGCACAGGCGGCCUUGACUUCAUAUCGUCCAAUGCCGCAGUAGAAUUCGGGUACGAUGACGACAGCGACAACUCAGACAACUACGAGGACUCUGAUGACGAUAGCUCAAGUACUGGUGGCGCCGAGGGAAAUCGUGCUUCAUCACCAGCAAGGGAGAAGCAAGCAUUCAACGUGAAGCGUGCAAGAUUCCAACGACCGUACCGCACCAUAUUGUACAUCUCUAUGGAGUAUUGUGAGAAGCGUACGCUUCGUGAUUUGAUCUCGCGCGGCUUGCACAAAAAUGCGCCGGAAAUUUGGCGUUUAUUUCGGCAAAUUUUGGAGGGCUUGGCGCAUAUUCAUGGGCUGAGCAUCGUACAUCGUGAUCUUAAACCAGAAAACAUUUUCAUCAGCAGCGGCAUUGAUGGAGUUGACAAUGUCAAAAUCGGAGAUUUCGGUCUCGCCACCAGUGGCCAGUUCUCGGUAGAUAGAGCUGCGGCCAAUACUUUGGGGACUGAUGACAUGACACGGAGUAUCGGGACUGCAUAUUACUCGGCACCUGAAGUCCGAUCAGCGGUUAAUGGCAUGUACAGCACGAAAGUAGACAUGUAUUCACUGGGGAUCAUCUUCUUUGAGAUGUGCUAUCAACCCAUGCUUGGUAUGCAAAAAGCGGACGUCAUCGGCCAACUUCGGCGACCAACGCCGGUGUUGCCCUCCGACUUCAAACCUGCGGAAAAGACGCAGACCGAGAUUGUUUUAUCCUUGGUCAACCAUAGCCCGAAGGAGCGUCCUACAAGUUCCGAGUUGCUCAAAAGCGGCAAAUUGCCGGUGCAGAUGGAAAGCGAGACCAUCCGGCGCACUCUGGCAGGAUUGGCUGAUCCUAGUUCUCCGUAUUAUAGGAAAAUGUUGUCCACGCUUUUCGCGCGCCCCGUCGAUGCCGCCAAGGAUUACGCCUGGGACCUUUUUGCGUCUACUCCAAACAACACAGAGCUGUUGCACCAAGGACUCGUCAAAGGGAUCUUGAUGUCCAUAUUUCGGCACCACGGAGCACUCGAAAUGCCCCGUAGCUCCAUUUAUCCUAGGUCCGGGCAUUACGGUGACAAUGUUGUCCAACUGUUGGAUCCCAACGGCACUGUACUACAACUUCCAUAUGACCUGACGAUGGGAAACGCCAGAAUGGUGGCCAAACAGUCCGGGGCGCCAACUGUGCAGCGCACCUUUGCUUUUAGCAAUGUUUUCCGCGACAAACAAGAUACUGGCCAGCCUAACAUGUUUGGGGAAGUCGACUUUGACAUAGUAACGACGGACGCGCUCGACUUGGCGCUCAAAGAGGCCGAGGUGUUGAAGGUCAUCGACGAGAUAAUCAACUCGUUCCCGUCGUUGUCGCAGUCGCAGAUGUGCUUCCAUGUGGGCCAUUCUGAUCUUCUGCAGCUGAUAUUUGAACAUUGCGGAGUUGAAACGGCCUGCAGGCGCGCAGCGGCCGACGUUCUCAGCAAGCUUAACAUCCAUAGCCAUACAUGGCAGAAAGUCAAAGUGGAGUUGCGAUCUCCGGCCGUUGGCAUGUCUGCCACCAGCGUGGAUGAACUGCAGAAAUUUGAUUUCCGAGACACACCCAACAAGGCGAUGUCCAGGCUUAAAACCCUGUUUGAAGGUGGUGACAUGUAUCAAAGAGCAUCGUCUACAAUGGCUCAUCUCAAAGAGGUUGCUGAAUACAGCAAAUGGUUCGGUGUUGGCACGAAACUCUACAUAAAUCCACUGAACAGCAUAAAAGAAAGCUUCUACACAGGCGGGAUCCUGUUCUCGUGCGUUUACGACAAGAAGGUUAAGGACGUCUUCGCAGCUGGCGGGCGAUAUGACCAUCUCAUCAAGGAGCAGCGGCUCAAGACUGGCGGCAAUUACGAAGAGAGGCACGCGGUCGGGUUCAGUCUAGCUUGGGAGCGACUUGCUCGCGCCCCCAAGCCUGGGGCCAAGUCGUUCCUCAAAAAACAAGAAACAGAGCCGAGCGCAGUGUUCAACGAACGGAGAUGCGACAUACUUGUAGCGUCAUUCGACAUGGCCCUUUUACGAUCCACCGGCAUCGAAAUACUUCAACUGCUCUGGGACCAUGACAUCAGUGCAGAAAUGGCCAAGGAUGCCAGGUCACCCGAAGACUUGUUAGCCAAGCACCGGGAUGAAAACUACUCGUGGAUCAUUGUGGUUAAGCCUGAAUCCAUGCUGAAGAUCAAGACGAUGAGCCGCAAGGAUGUGCCGGACGUUGAUCUCCCGUUGGCCCGACUCAUGUCGUGGCUUCGCUCCGAAAUCAAAGAACGGGAUGCCCGUGCGUUUUCGAAAUUGAGAGGCAGUUCAGCACAAGCCGGCGACGCGACCGGAUCCAACAGCGCAGAGCGGAAUCAGGAACAGGACGUCAAGGUUCUGGUGGCCGGCACAAAGAGCAAAAAGUUCAACCGCAGACAGGUGGUGGACCAAGCCCAAGCCAGUGCGGCAAAUCUGGUGCGGUCCUUCCUGGACGGACCCAUCUUGGCCAUUGAAACCACGGACCAGGUGAUUGAGAUGAUCCGGGAAACCGACUUGUCCGACCACGAGAGCUGGAAAAAGGUGGAACACGCGGUGACCAUGACGGAGAGGAAAUACGUGCGCGAACUCCACGUACAACUCGACACGUGGCGGACAUCGUUUGAGAGAACGGGAAGCUGCAAGCACGCAUUUCUAUACAACUUCCGGACGGGUACUUGCAUAUAUUAUGACCUCGGUGGGUGA